CUAAGCGUCCACGAAAACAUGAAGAUCUUAACAAACAGCGUGAUAGAGGAUAUAUUGAACGGUUUUCCUGUAAUGGUGUUUUAAAAAUAUUACUUAACAUGGAAAUGAACACAGCAGCAGUUGAUCUUCAGCAUAAUUUACUUCAUAAACGUCCAGAUCGAUUUAAUGUGUCCGAUAUUAUUAAAGCUGAAAUCAAAAAAAAUCUUCAUCUUAUGCCUGCGGACAUUUUUAGACAUAUUUUAACUUUAUUUUUCGAAUCUUUAUUUAAGUUGGGAUUAAAUAAUGUUUAUUUUUUUUUGACUGAUAAAGACUUCGCACAAGUUUCGGCUGCUCAGAAAGUUUGGCCAAAUGCCAAAAUUCAAAUUUGUUUUUGGCAUCUUAAGAAAGCAAUUAAAAAACGUCUUACUGAUAAUACAUAUCCAAAAGUUAUUAAUUAUAGUUCAUAUUCAGCACACCAGGUAUUUGAGUUUAUUGAUAUCGAAUUUUAUCCAACACCACCAUCUCAAAUGACCCCAGUGCAAAAAAAAAGCUUUUGCUUUUGCCCAAAAGAACUACGACCUAAAAUUCUAGACAUGAUA